GAGAGAAAAAACAUACUUCUACACCUGCGUGCCCUUGGUGACUGAUUGAACUUCCAAAUUUACUUGGAUUCUAUCUUUUGACUUCAUCUACUACUUCACGAUGAAACCAUUCAAGCUCUCGAUACUUAGUGUUUUCACCAUUGCAAGCUUCGUAGCUGCUCAGUUGGAGACGCCUGAGGAUUUCUGCAAGAGAACCGCGGGACCAAAUUACGUCCCUAAAAAUGAUGCAAAUGGUGUUUUCCAGGGCGAGUGCGAAACUGCAGCUAUAAGUAUUUGUCUUGGAACAGAGCAAUGAAGAUAUGCACAAGCUCAGACCGGCGCUACAACUUGCUGCCUGCCACCAAACACGGUCCAAUCUGCUAGUGGAAAGCAAGGCUGUUGCCCACCAGGUCAAAAUUUCAAAUGGGAUGGCACGUCCCCCUCUUGCAUCACACCACCACCUCCUCCUCCCGCGAUUUCUUGCCCAGCUUCCAACCAGCAAGUUGUGAAUCGCAAUGGGCAAAACUUCAGAAUUUACUGCCAGCGUUCAGUGAUGGUAUACACCCAUCCUUGGUUGACGACCACUUCCCAUGGCAUAUACCGAGCUGUGCAGGGCCCUGAGUUGAUGACGAAUGACUUUGAAACGUGUCUACAAUUUUGCGCAGCGAAUGGGAAAUCUAAUGGGGCCAAUUUCUGGCCUGCGCAAGGAUUGUGCUCUGUGGUUGAUACGCCACCCGGGAAUUUCUUUAAAGUGGGAAGUCGAUAUGAUGUACCACCUCCUCCCUACAACGGGCCACAGAUUAUUUCCAUGGUAGCGAUACCCAAGCGUGCUUAUUAGACUAAGCUUGUUGGAAACUUGGUGCUGAAGAAUUGGGUUCGAUAGUUAGGACAAUAUGGACAGACUAUAGCUAUUUCACGAACAAUACUUCCAUUUGUUCACAUUGUGUUUGCGUGGGAGUAGAGGGAGGGUUGCAACUUGAAAGUGAGGCUUUGAUAUGCUAGAUCAACUUGACAACAUAAUAAUCUUGCAAUUUUAGCAGUAAAUGCUUCGAGGUUAAUAUCCUAUCUUCUAUACAUCAAUCAGGGACGAUUAGCCAGCUAAGUGCUCA